AUGUCAGCUGGGGCAAAUCCAAAGACUUUGAGUUCAAUAUUGGAGUCUACUAUAGCUGCAACUAAAAAUGAUGAUUUUUUGGACAAUCACCACACUUUGUUGUCACCACAGAGACGGGGAUUCUCUUCUGGAUGUAAAGCGGCAUCUCCGCCAAAGUCGGCCGACAAAUCUCAUCAUCAACAACCAUCUUCUAGCCGUUCCCGUUGGCAAAUUAAAAAUAAUGGAAUUGACUUUAAACCUGCUUUUCAAAAGAAUGCUCUUGAAGCAAAUUCUCGUUCAAGCCGUUCAAGUCAAAACAAUACGGUUAGUAGUGGUAAAGAAGUGGGACAUUCAACUUCUUGGAAUACUAGUGGACAUUCUAAACAAGGAGAUAAGGUUGUUAAGGGUCGUCGCUUUGGUGAUAGAGAAUUUAGUGAAAGAGAACGUACGCGUAGCUCAAACACAGAAUCUGAACAAGUUCCAGAAUGGAUGAAUGCUGGGCCAACUUCUGUUUUUGAUGUGAUUGAAUUGAAAGGAUUUGAUGAUGAUGAAGAACAGGAACAGCCAGCAACUGAAAAAAAAAGAAAACGUUCCAAAGGAAGAAAAGAUUCAAAUAAUGGUAAUAAUCAUCUUAAAGCCAGUUCUGAAACUUAUACAGGCCCAACAACACAAAAAUCAUCUUCAUCAUCAUCUCGUCAAAAAAGGCAUUCUAGUGGAGAUUGUGCACCAAACAACAAAAAUAAUUCACGUCCAUCUUCUCGCAAUAAAACACCUCAAAGGACUGAUAGUUCGUUUAGUAAACAAUCUUCGCAUUCUCCUGUCAGGGUUAUACAGGCAGCAGAUUUGGAAUUAUCAAUACUUCGAGAACAUCAAGAAAAACUUGAAAAAGAAAAGAAGUCUUCAUCAACAACAACAAAAAUUGAAGAUUUAUCAACGACUUUUGAUUUAUUUGCAGCUUUGGGUAUACAACCACCAUCAUCAAAAAAAGAAAAAGGUUUGGGUGAAAAAGGAAAUGAAAAUAAUAAAUUACCAAAUUCUGAUGCUGAAUUUGCUGCUUGUAUUCUUGGUUUGCCUAUUGAUCAAAUUGCUAAAAUUAUGCCUAAUGUUAUUCCAUCAACAAAUAAUAAUAAUAAUGAGUCAAUACAACAACAAAAACAUCAGCAACAACAACAAACAUUAGGAGACCAUCAACCAACUACAAGUCGUUUACUUCGUUGGCAACAAAAGGCAACAACAACAACAAAUUUAAAUAUUGCUGCAAUAUCAGAAAAUAAUUUAAAUAAAAUUGGAGGAGGAGGGGGAGGAGAUGAAGAAUUGAAAAGUUUAAUAAGGAAGGAUUUGAUGAUGAUGAAUAAUAAUGAGGAAUCUACUACUAGUAAAAUGAACAAACAUUUGUUGUCUCUUCGAGCAGCACAAUUCGUUCCACAACAACCUUUUGUCUUUAAUCCCAGAAAUUCAUCUUCAUCACCAGCUCCAUCUUUUCAACAACCACAUCAACAACCUUCACCAAUUUUAUCUCAUCAACAACAACAACGUCCAGCUAGUGCAGAUUAUUCUUCUCGUCUUUUUGCUUCAUCAUUUCCAUAUCCAAUAAUUGAUCAACAUUGUAGUCCACCACCACCUCAACUUACUCAAUUAUUUAAUUCUUCGGGAGCUGCUACAUUUGGUGGCGGAGGGGGCGGAGGAGGACCACCUUCUUUUGGAGGGGGAGGAGGACCUCAUUUUGGAGGAGGAUUAAAUCCUUUUGGAAGUGGUCAAUUUCCUGGUGGAAUGGGAGGAGGUCAAUACAACAAUCAACAACACCAACUUGGAGGUCCUCAUCAUCUUAACAACAAUUAUGGACCACCUAUACCUCCAUAUGUUCCAAAUAUGCCUUUUACACCACCUUCACAUCAACAACAAUUUUAUCCUCCUUUUGGUUUGCCGACGGUUGGAGGAGGACCAGGAUUUGGAGGAGUGGGAGGUGCUGCUAGUGGAGGAGGCGGAAGCUUGACUUCAAACAAUUCUUCUGCUCUUUUACAAAAAAUGUUUGCUGAAGCAAAACGUAAUGAAUUUAUGCAAUCUCAAUCUGGUGGAAGAGCUAUGAUGAUUGGUGGUCCAUCUCAACAUCAUCUCAAUAACAAUUUUGCUCCCCAAUUACCUCCAUUUGCUCCAACAAUGCCGUUUACAACACCACCAUCACAUCAUCAACAACCAUUUUAUCCUCCAUUCGGGGUGUCUGGGGGCGGCGGAGGACUUGGAGGAGGACCAGGAUUAAAUAAUCCAAAUAUUCCUCCAUAUCAUCCAAAUCGUCAACAAUCACCUUAUCAUUUAAUGAAUUUUCCUCCACCACUUGUAAAUACUCAACAGCAACCGCAACAACAACAAAAAACGGUAACAACAACAACAACACAUCAUCAAAAUUUGCUCAAUUCACCUGCCUUUAUGCCAACAUCGGUAAUUCGACAAAUGUCAAAAAUGCCUGGAGGUGGUAGUUCUGUUAAUAGCGGUGGAGAUUCAGCUAGUGGAGUAGGCGGAGGUGUUGCUGUAACUGUUGGAGGUGGAGGAGGAGGAACAAGCAGCAAUAUUUUUGCUGCUUCUGGAGGUAGUGGGGGUGGUGGUUUAACUUCAAACAAUUCUUCUGCUCUUUUACAAAAAAUGUUUGCUGAAGCAAAACGUAAUGAAUUGAUACAAUCUCAAUCAUCAUCUGGAAGAGCUAUUUUGGGACGUGAUCCAUAUUUGGAUGUUGGAAUUUUGACAACAACAACAUCAACAGGUCAAGAAGCUCAAGGUAGUAUUAAUAUUACGACGACGACGACAACAAACCCAUCAUAAACAUUAAAUAUAUUUUAAUUAUUUUUUUUUCUUCUUCUUGCUUUUAUUAUUAUUAUUUAAUUAUUUUUUUUUGUUUUUUCUCCCUUUUAAAAAACCUUAUUUAAAAAAAAUUUUUUUGGAUGAGAAAAAAUUUUGAAGUCGUCAAAAAAAUAUAUAUUAUUAAAAUUGUGAUUGUCCACAUAUACGGGACACGCCCCCAAAUAGGCGCGCGGCAAAGUAGGCGCAAAGCCAUAGGUAGUCUGAAAAUUUCUGGACCUUAAUAAUUUUGGUAUCAAUUCUCUCUAGCUCGAGGAGAACUUGGCCGCGCGCCUACUUGGGUCGUACCCUCCACAAAUAUUCAUUUUACUGGCUUUUUUUUCUUCUCUCUAUUAUUAUUAUUAUUAUAUUGUUUUGUGUGUUUUAAAAAAUGAAAAAUUUAUUAUUCCCUUCAUCCCCUCAUAUUCAUCCCUCUCAUCUUCAAAAAUAAACACCUCUUUUACUUCUAGGGAUGGCGGAUCCUGGGAAAUCCUUGGGUAUACCGGUCCGAUCUGAAAAUUUCUCGGAUACCUGGCCUGUUUGCGGAUCAUGGGAUAUACUCAGGAUCAUACGUUGGCGAAACAUGUUUUUUUUUCUGAAAAAUUCUGAUUUAAAAAAUUCUGAUUUAUUCUGGUUUUAAAAUUCUGAUACGAAAUUCUGGUCCUUUCUGAUUCUGAAAAAUUCUGAUUUAAAAAAAAUUCUGAUUUAUUCUGGUUUUAAAAUUCUGAUACGAAAUUCUGGUCCGAAAUUCUGGUCCUUUCUGAUUCUGAAAAAUUCUGAUUUAAAAAAAAUUCUGAUUUAUUCUGGUUUUAAAAUUCUGAUACGAAAUUCUGGUCCGAAAUUCUGGUCCUUUCUGAUUCUGAAAAAUUCUGAUUUA